CAAGUCGCAUGGAACCGGAGGAAAACGACCCAUCGCACACCAUUCUGUUCGAUUCUCCUCGCUGUGACGAUGGCUCCCAAGCGGAGAAGAGCACAAUCGGUCCUUGAGUAUCUGACUUCGAAAAAUCCAAUUAUAACACCAGUAAAAAGUCCAAAGACGGCCAACACAAAUCAUCCCUCUUAUCAUAAACCAGUAGCGUUGAGACCAUGGAAUGAAUUCAGCUAUGCAACCCUGGAAACUAUUUUCGGAGGCGAUUUGAUAAGGGAAGCUCGGAAAAGACAGCCGCGCGACAGGCUCCCUCACUAUCCACACCUAGAUCAAUCCGUUACCUCGCUAACUAAGGGCCAUCCUAGCACAGUGGUCAUUUUGAACAAAUGGAACAACCCCAUUGUUGUUGCAGCCUUGAGAGCUGUCGAAGACUUCCAGCCGUGCAUCUGGGUAUCGGAUUUUGGAGUAGAUCUCUCUAAACAAGAGGCGCCGUUAACUAAACCUGACACUGGGUGUGAAAAAGACAACAAGAAGGCUCACGAUACGACAGCACUCGGAAACGGUGGGCCUCAGACCGCCAUUGUACAGAACCAAAAAGCGAGAAGGAAAAGACAAAAGCAACCUGAUGGAGGAGCAGUCUCACUAGAAGAAGAAGAAAUUAGGCAAAAGAAGGGUGUAUUUAAGGAGUUGUUUCCUAAAGAAGUCAAAACAGCCUUCAAUUGGAAUAGCCAGAAGCUGCGUGAUGGGCUGUAUACUGACGAAAAAACGGGCGAGUGGAUUGGUACAGCAGGAGACGAAAAAGAUAAUGCGCCGAUUCGACAAGCAUAUACAUAUUAUUGCUUAAACUACCGAUGCCGAUACGGUUGCAUCCUGACUACGGAAGAGGCCUUUAUUUUCCGAAUCAAACCGCGGGGUACCAUUCCAGUACCGGCUAAAGACGACAUCGCUCUUGUUGAAGGGAUGAAAAUGGAUGGGCUAAUGGAGUUCGUCUCAAUACCCUGGGAGAACGGAUGUGACAGCAAUCAUGACGAAUAUAGACAGUGGACUGUGAACUUGGCUCUCUGGUUUGCACACAUACUUGCCGGAAACAAUCACAAAUUAGACUGGGAUUGGGAGUUCUGCGAGGAAACGUUGGUGAAGAGAGCAAGACGUGGCUCCAAAAGACGACCGUCAAUCUCACGGGUAUCUAAAGCGAACAAACGCAGCCGAAGGGAGCAGGUUAGAGAAGAGGUACAAGACCAGGAAACAGCGGAUCCCGCGAAUUGGUCUUUCUAUGGGAACCCAGUACCACAGCCAAAUAUGUCAUUGAUUGGAUAUACCGAGACCUCUGAUGACGAGGAUUCCGAGGAUUCCGACGGACAUCUUGAGUCGCCACCACUGAAAAGAAGGCUCAGCCAGUUUGUUGGACUCAAGGAGUCUCAGGACGCAUAUGAGCGAAUUGGAAUGGGGAUGCUUCGAGAAGACUGUGGUUUGAGGGCGAAGGGGGAGGGUCGCGUAUUCUGA